UUUUGCCCCCUCCGCGCUUGCCUGGGUCGUUCCCUAUGAAUUGGGUCUUAAGACAGUUUUAGGCGUGAGGUGUUCGACGAAAUGUCCGAUCGCUUUCUUAGCGGAGAUUUCAUAGAAAGAAACGAAGUGUUCACAGCUAGUUUAGUCUCCGACCCAGACCCUCCCCUUUUGUUUGCUUAUAAAUCAGUCUAAUCGCGCUUCCUCCGCAUCCUUCUUCUCCUUCGGUUUGGUUUUGAGAUUCGACGAGGAGAGAGAUGGACGAGAGGUGGGAGCGAUGGCUGCGGCGGGCGGCGGUGGUGGUGGUGGUGUUCGUGCUCGCGUUGGCGGCCGCUGCGGGGGCGGAGGGAGGCGGGGGCCGGCGGCAUGCGUACGCGGCCAUGAUGUACAUGGGAACGCCGAGGGACUACGAGUUCUACGUGGCGACGCGGGUGAUGAUGCGGUCGCUGACGCGGCUCGGCGUCGACGCCGACCUCGUCGUCAUCGCCUCCCCCGACGUCCCCCUUCAAUGGGUCCAAACCCUGAAAGAGGCAGACGGAGUGAAGGUGGUGACCGUGGCGAACCUGAAGAAUCCAUACGAGAAGCAGGGCAACUUCAACACCAGGUUCAAGCUGACGCUGAACAAGCUCUACGCGUGGAGCUUGGUGUCGUACGACCGAGUGGUCAUGCUCGACUCCGACAACCUCUUCCUGCAACGCACCGACGAGCUCUUCCAGUGCGGCAAGUUCUGCGCCGCCUUCAUCAACCCCUGCAUCUUCCACACCGGCCUCUUUGUCCUUGAGCCUUCGAUGGUGGUGUUCAAGGACAUGCUUCAUGAGCUGGAGAUGGGUCGUAAGAACCCCGAUGGAGCGGACCAGGGUUUCUUGGUGAGCUACUUCCCCGACUUGCUCGAUCGGCCGAUGUUCCACCCGCCCGCCAACGGUAGCAAGCUCGACGGAACCUAUCGACUUCCUUUGGGAUACCAGAUGGAUGCUUCUUACUACUAUUUGAAGCUUCGGUGGAACGUACCAUGCGGACCCAACAGCGUGAUCACGUUCCCCAGUUUGCCAUGGCUGAAACCUUGGUACUGGUGGUCUUGGCCAAUCUUGCCGCUGGGUCUCCAAUGGCAUGAGCAACGACGAAGCAGUCUCGGAUACGGGGCGGAGGCGCCGGCGAUGCUGAUCCAGGCGGCGAUAUAUCUGGGAAUCAUGGUGGUCACGCGGCUAGCACGGCCGGGCUUGUCGAGGCUCUGCUACAGCCGGCGGUCGGAGAAGAGCGUCCCCUUCCUGUACACCAUGGUGAAGGUGGCAGCUCUGUGGUCCAUAUUUGUGGCACACGUCGUGCCCUUCUUCCUCGUCCCGCGAACGGUGCAUCCGCUUCUGGGCUGGCCGCUCUACCUGCUCGGAGCAACUGCGCUGUGCUCAAUCGUGACCGGCGUCUUCCUACUCCCAGCUCUUCCGGUACUCGCGCUGUUGUUGGCGAUAUCGGGUUCCCUGUUUGUGAUGGCGUUCCCUUGGUACUCGGAUGGCAUCACCAGGGUUCUGUUUUUGCUUGGGUACGCCUUCUGCUGUGCUCCGGUGGUGUGGGCAUCGCUGGCGAGAGUGGUGAGCGCCUUGCACAGCUUACUCGAACGGGAGGCCUUCUUUCCUAGACUGGGAGAAUCGACGCCUCUGUCCGAGUCCAGCAAAGCGUAUUAACCCAAAGUGAGACACUCGAGCAUGUAGAGAGAGUCCACUGUUCUUUCUUUCUUUUUGGUUUUAGUUACCUGCAUCCAGUUUCCUUAUCCCA